AUGUUGGCUCAACUGCUGGAGGCCAAGAAGCAGCUGGAGGCCCAGUGGUCUCUGUACCAGAAGACCAAGGAGCUGUUGAAGAACGCUGAGCUGCAAGCGAACCUACUGAGGCAGCAGCUCAGCCACACUGAGAAGCAGAAUCGGGGUCAAAACCAGGGCCUGCAGAGUCAGUGUUCAGGUCGGGGUCUAGGCCAGGGCCAGGGUCAGACCAGCUCCAGGGUUCCCAUCAGAGUGCCACUCGGAGCUCCGGUGACUGGUCCAUCUCCGACCAUAGCUAAAUCCCAGUCCCAGCCUCUACCUGUCCUUCAGCGAGGAGGGCAAGUCCUCCUCGAGAGCCUGAUCAAGAGCGAGGAGGGCAAGUCCCAGGAACAAGUCCUGGAGAUCAUCAGUGGUUCUUCUAGCUCUUCAGAGCAGCCCCCCACCGCCAACAUCAAGCCCACCCCGGUGUCAGGUGGUGCCCCCAGUAAACCUUCCCCGAUGCCUAGGAGCAAGUCCACCCCCAGAGCCAGCAUCCGACACAUGGUUCCCAUCACGGUGCCCACCCCCACGGCCACUGCCAUGCCCCAUACACAGUCUGACAGCCAGGAAGCCUCAGCCUGGACCCCCGUCAGGGUUGCCUGCCCCAGUCUGUUCCGAGCUGACCCCCUGCCCCCAGUCCUCUACAUUCAGCCUCCUUGUCCUGUGCUGGGCCUGGGACCCCAACCCACACAGAGCCUGUUUGCAAUUCAGGAGUGGCUUCGGGACAAGUCUCUGAAUGUCCUUGAGUGGCCCAGCCAGAUCUCUGGAGAGACCUGAAAAUAUCUGUGCAGCAACUCCCCCCAUCCAACCUGACAGAGC